GUCUUGCGGGCGCGCUUCUCUGUGCUGCGAGUGGCUAGCUGGGCAGAGCCCUGGGGGCGCGGUGCUGCCGCCUCCAGGUCUCCGCCCCGUGUGUGCGCCCUGCGCUGAGGGAUCCCUCCCUCACUGCCCCUGUACUCACAAGCUUCUCGGCCCCGACCUUCGCCCUGGGAGGUUCUGGCCAGGUGCCGGGAGGGGCGCUGUGUCGAGGGCGAUCCCCCCAAAGUAGCGUCCCGUGCUAAAGAAACAGAGCCUCACUCUGUCACCUAGGCUGGAGUGCAGUGGUGCAAUUAUGGCUCACUGCAGUUUCAACCUCCCAGAUUCCAGUCAUCCUCCUGCCUCAGCCUCCCAAGAAGCUGGGACCACAGGUACUGCUUAGGAUGAAUAUGAUUUGGAGAAAUUCCAUUUCUUGUCUAAGGCUAGGAAAGGUGCCACGCAGAUACCAAAGUGGUUACCACCCAGUGGCCCCUCUGGGAUCAAGGAUUUUAACUGACCCAGCCAAAGUUUUUGAACACAACAUGUGGGAUCACAUGCAGUGGUCUAAGGAAGAAGAAGCAGCAGCCAGAAAAAAAGUAAAGGAAAACUCAGCUGUGCGAGUCCUUCUGGAAGAGCAAGUUAAGUAUGAGAGAGAAGCUAGUAAAUACUGGGACACAUUUUACAAGAUUCAUAAGAAUAAGUUUUUCAAGGAUCGUAAUUGGCUGUUGAGGGAAUUUCCUGAAAUUCUUCCAGUUGAUCAAAAACCUGAAGAGAAGGCGAGAGAAUCAUCAUGGGAUCAUGUAAAAACUAGUGCUACAAAUUGUUUCUCAAGAAUGCACUGUCCUACUGUGCCUGAUGAAAAAAAUCAUUAUGAGAAAAGUUCUGGUUCUUCAGAAGGUCAAAGCAAAACAGAAUCUGAUUUUUCCAACCUAGACUCUGAAAAACACAAAAAAGGACCUAUGGAGACUGGAUUGUUUCCUGGUAGCAAUGCCACUUUCAGGAUACUAGAGGUUGGUUGUGGAGCUGGAAAUAGUGUGUUUCCAAUUUUGAACACUUUGCAGAACUCUCCGGAGUCCUUUCUGUAUUGUUGUGAUUUUGCUUCUGGAGCUGUGGAGCUCGUAAAGUCACACUCGUCCUACAGAGCAACCCAGUGUUUUGCCUUUGUUCAUGAUGUAUGUGAUGAUGGCUUACCUUACCCUUUUCCAGAUGGGAUCCUGGAUGUCAUUCUCCUUGUCUUUGUGCUCUCUUCUAUUCAUCCUGACAGGAUGCAAGGUGUUGUAAACCGACUGUCCAAGUUACUGAAACCUGGGGGAAUGCUGUUAUUUCGAGACUAUGGAAGAUAUGAUAAGACUCAGCUUCGUUUUAAAAAGGGACAUUGUUUAUCUGAAAAUUUUUAUGUUCGAGGAGAUGGUACCAGAGCAUAUUUCUUUACAAAAGGGGAAGUCCACAGUAUGUUCUGCAAAGCCAGUUUAGAUGAAAAGCAAAAUCUGGUUGAUCGCCGCUUACAAGUUAAUAGGAAAAAACAAGUGAAAAUGCACCGAGUGUGGAUUCAAGGCAAAUUCCAGAAACCAUUGCACCAGACUCAGAAUAGCUCCGAUAUGGUAUCUACACUCCUUUCACAAGACUGAACUUUGUAACAUGUUAAGGUACAAAGCCAGAGGACUGUGCUAUUCAAGGACUACUGUAAGUCUAUCGUUUCUCAAAAGACAAUGAGAAAAAAGAAGAGAAUUUGUAUUUCCUGCCGUUUUGUCAUAGGUGAGCUCCUUUGUGCAUUUUAAGCACAUGUAAGUGGUUCGGCACAGUGUGCCUUUUUCUGUGCUUUGAAAACUUGAUAUGCCCAAGCUUGUUUGAAUUUAUUACAUCUAACCAUUUUGCUUGUUCCUUGAUUUUUAUAAGCAUUCAAUUAAGUUAGUAUUAUGUCAAGUAAUUUUGAGAAAAUGUAACUUGACAUUUUUUGCAAGUAAAAAAAAUUGUUUAUUUGUUUAGGCUUAGUAAACCAGUUCCCAAACACAGUCAGACUCUUCCCAUUGUCAUCUGAUUGCAGAGAGAAAGCACACCUUAUUUCCAGGGAAAGCUACAACAAGCCCAAGGUCAAAGUGUAUUAUUUUUUGUCUUGUUGUUGUCUAUUUUCUCCCAAUUUUUUUUUGAAAUUCAGAGGCUCAUAUCUGAAAUAGAAUUUUAGUUCCUCUUUCCUUUCCUAAAAUUGGGGAAGUACAGCCCAUGCUGACAUUAUUUUCAGGCUAUUCUUAGAUAUACAAGUUGUUAGGCCAGGUGCAAUGGCUCGCACCUGUAAUCCCAGCACUUUGGGAGGCUGAGGCAGGCAGAUCGCUUGAGCUCAGGAGUUCAAGACCAGCCUGGACAACAUGGCAAAACCCUGUCUCUCCCAAGAAUACAAAAAUUAGCCAGGCAUGGUGGCACACACCUGUGGUCCCAGCUACUCAGGAGACUGAGGUGGGAGGAUCGCUUGAGCCUGGGAGGCGGAGGUUGCAGUGAGCUGAGAUUGUACCACUGCGCUCCAAACUGGGUGACACGGUGAGACCUUGUCUCCAAAAAAAAAAAAAAAAAAAAAAAAAAGGUAUGUAAGCUGACAAGCUCUUGUAUCAAGGGCUUUUGAACCAGAGCAACUUCAUCUUGAAUAGGGACUGUGUAAAAUGAGGCUGAGACCUACUAGGCUGCAAUCCCAGGAGGUUAAGGCAUUCUUAGUCAAAGGAUGAGAUAGGAAGUCAGUACAAGAUACAGGUCAUACAGACCUUGCUGAUAAAACAGGUUGCAGUGAAGAAGCCAGCCAAAUGCCACCAAAACCAAGAUGGCAAUGAGAGUGUCCUCUGGCUGUCCUCACUGCUACACUCCCACCAGUGCCAUGAUAGUUUACAAAUGCCAUGGCAACAUCAGGAAGUUACCUAUAUGGUCUACAAAGGGGAGGCCUGAAUAAUCCACCCCUUGUGUAGCAUAUAAUCAAGAAAUAACCUUAAAAAUGGGCAACCAGUAGCCCUUGGGGCUGCUCUGCCUAUGGAGUAGCCAUUCUUUAUGUUUUACUUUUUUUUUUUUUUUUUUUGAGAUGGAGUCUUGCUCUGGCACCCAGGCUGGAGUGCAGUGGCGUGAUCUCAGCUCACUGCCAGCUCCACCUCCCGGGUUCACGCCAUUCUCUUGCUUCAGCCUCCUGAGUAGCUGGGACUACAAGCACCCGCCACCACGCCCAGCUAAUUUUUUUUUUUUUUUUUUUUUUUUGUAUUUUUAGUAGAGACGGGGUUUCACCAUGUUAGCCAGGAUGGUCUCAAUCUCCUGACCUUGUGAUCCGCCCGCCUCGGCCUCCCAAAGUGCUGGGAUUACAGGUGUGAGCCACCACGCCCAGCCUAUUCUUUACUUAAACUUGUUUUCACUUUGCUGUAUGGACUCAAUUCUUUCUUGCACAAGAUCCAAGAAUCCUGUCUUGGCGUCUGGAUCCAGACCCUUUCUGGUAUCAGUGGUAAGCUCUGUUUAAGACAACUGUCAUACCCAAGAAAAUUCUUAAAUUGUGGCAGUUAAAAAUGUAUUUAUCCCCUCGAGGGCCGGGCGCAGUCGCUCAAGCCCGUAAUCCCAGCACUUUGGGAGGCCGAGGAGGCGGAUCAUGAGGUCAGGAGUUCAAGACCAGCCUGACCAACACUGUCUCUACUAAAAAUACAAAAAAAAUUAGCCAGGCGUGGUGGUGGGCACCUGUAAUCCCAGCUACUCGGGAGGCUGAGGCAGGAGAAUCACUUGAACCUGGGAGGCAGAGGUUGCAGUGAGCCGAGAUGACACCACUGCCCUCCAGCCUGGGUGACAGUUGUUAGAGUCCGUAUCAAAAAAAAAAAAAAAUUUAUUUACUCCCUUGCUUCAAAAAGGACAUAAGUUGGCUUGCAAAUCACAUUUUGUAGAAAUGAAGUUUUUAAGAUUAGUCUCAUACUCAUUACAUAAUAUUUAUUGACUACUUACAUAUUGAGUGCUAAAUUCAGUGGAAUAAUACGAACAAUAAAGACCCAGCCUUGUUUAUGCUCUUCAGGGAGCAUAAAUAGAGUACAGCUGGCAAAACAAAAUGUGCAUAUCCCAAACCUGUAAAUCAUGAUCUAAGACAAUAUACAAACACUCAAAUAGGGAACUUAGCAGCUAGCAGACUUUGAUUAUGAACCACAGAACCUAGAAUAAAUAAAUACUCUCUUGAAAGAACCAUCAUUGGAAUAAUUAAGUUCCAACUGUUUUUUCUUUCUGAAUUCACUUAAAAUCCAAUUUCUAGAAGAAUAUCAUUGGUCCAGCUUUAGUCAUUGGUUCAUCUCUUAACAGGCUGGGGCAGGGCAGCUUAAUUGAUGAUGCCACCAGAAUGGGCAACAUGGGAAAAACCCUAUCUCUACCAAAAAUACAAAAAUUAGCCAGUGAUGGUGGCACACACCUGUUGUCCCAGCUACUCAGGAGGCUGAGGUGGGAGGAUCUUUUGAGCCUGGGAGGCAGAGGUUGCAGUGAGCUGAGAUCGCACCACUGCACUCCAACCUGGAGUGGAAGGAAAUUUCACUUCCUGGAAUGGAAGAAAGUUCUUCAAAGGAAAAUCAAGACACUGCUGUCAAAAAACACCAGGGGAGGGAUGCUGUCCAGUCACAGCCAACACAUCAUAUAGCAGUGGUAGCAGUAGUAAUAGUAUUUCCAGAGAGAGAGAGAGAGAGAGAGAGAUUAGCUCUGAAAAAGAAUGGAGAAGAAUCAGGUUUCUUGGGGGAGGUAGGUCUCAGGCUAGUUCUUGAAUGUACAUUCUCAGCAGAUGGUGAGAAGACAAGUGUGGUGUGGGACAUUAAUGAUGAGGGAUAGGUAGAAAAGAUGGGAAGGGGGUCAGCUUGUAGAUAACCUAGACUAGCAGGUGUAUGACUUCUAGGCUCUGAACUGGAGCCAUCUGAGAUCAGUUUGAGAUAUGGUGUCUUAUAAAUGUAUUGAGAGAGGUUGAGGAGUUGUCUAUAGAAUGGAAUGGAGUGAGGUCAGAGAUCAGUGGCAAGGAAGACCACAUAAAGGUUUUUGCACAAACUUGCCUUGAUGGCAAGUCCUCAAAAGUACAAUUAUCAAGCUUUCUGUUUAAACAUGCAUAAGUCAGUAAAUAUAAACAUUAAAAUUUGCCCAAGACUCUUAACUCAGUUGUAUUUCAUAAUUAAAGUGUACAUUAAAAAGCCAAACUAGUCAUGAAAGUAUUACAUACAGCAAGGGCGGUUUAGAUAAGUUAAUGUUGCUAUGGGAACCCCAGCAGAUCUCCUUGUGUCUCCAUUUAAAAAUCAUGGCCCAAGGUGGUUUUAAAAACAACAGAAGGUAAAAUUAUUCUCACAUUCUCACACAUGUAAAUUGUACUGUCUCUCUCAGUUCUAAAUAGCGGAUUCAAGCCAGCCUCUUGACUGGCACAGUAAAAUUCGGCUUCAUGUCUUUCUAUAAUGUAUUACAGCAUGUGAGUUAACCUUUAGAAGCUUCAAAAAUACAUCAACCAAAUUUGGACUGUGAGACACAAACUGGUCUCUUUUGGGCUCUGUCCAGCAUAGCCUUCCUAUUCCACAUGGCUGCGCAGCAGGGCCAUUUCCACCAGUGUCUUCUGCUUGCCUGGUCAGUCUUUCUGUCUCUUAACCUACCUACAACAACUUCCUUCUCGGGGUUUGCUGCUAGAUAGAAAUGUAGAUUUUGGCACAGAAAGAAAAGGGAAAGACCUAUUUGGAAUUUUGUCUAUAGAUGUUAAGAAAUCAUGAAGUGUUGCAAAUGUAACUGCUUGGGUAUUAGUUUAAAAUAUUUGAUAACUGCAUGAAAUUCUAAUUUACCCCUCACAUCCAUGAAGCUAGGACCAGUUGGUUAGGCAGAGUUUGAUAUUUAAAAAUUCGUCUUCUGAGAGAGCUGAAUUUCAAAAGGACCAUUUUCUUUCCAGGAGUAAAAGGUAUAUUCUUUCAUCUUCUUACAAUACAGAAACAAUGGAAUAUAUUGUUUAAAUGCACCCUUCAUUUUUUUCUCCAUUUCUAAAAAUUCACUUUUGAGCAUCGUCCAAAUGUAAAAAUUCUCACACAUGAGGAACUGUUUCCGAAGGUUGUGAGAAAGUCAAGAUAACAGUUUCUAUUAUUAAAAGUUUUGCAUUCGGUAUAA